AUGAAUACCCUGUGCGCUCUGGUAGUUCUGGCGACGGUUGCGGCCGUGUACGGUGCGCCGGCACCGGCCGAUAGUGACGCCCAAGCGGCGAUCGUGAGCCAAACCUCCGACGUGCAGCCGGACGGUUCCUUCAACUAUGCCUACGAGUCGGCGAACGGAAUCAAGGUUGAAGAUCAGGGAAGCAUUAAGUCGAUCAAGGUGCCCAAGCUGGAUGAGACCGGACGUCAGGUUGGUGAGGAAGACGUGCAGGUGUCCGUCCAGACCGGCUCGUUCCAGUACACCGCCCCAGACGGUCAGGUCUACACGCUGAGGUACAUCGCGGACGAGAAUGGAUUCCAGCCGCAAGCGGACCAUCUUCCAGUGGCUCCCAGCGCCUAA